AUGACAGCAGAUAACAUACCAAAAGUAACCAUCGAGAAGCAUUUACCAGAAGGCUUCGAGAAACUUCUCGGUACCUAUGAACAAGAGUUUACAAAGAAAUACCAAUUCAUCAAGGAAUCAAAUGCAAAGAAAGUUGAAAUUAGAACUUAUCAAGAUAUAUUAGGAGAAUGUUUCUUUACUCAAAAACAAAACUAUAUGAUGAAUUGUAGAACUAUUGCUUUGGAAUAUUUAGAGUUGAUUAAAUACCCAGCUCAACACAAAAUAAUAGAACAACAAUAA